GCUAGGUUGAUUAUAGUGUGCGUCAACUUAAGUUUCUCAUUCAAACUAAUAGCUACAACGUUCAGUUUUACACGAUAAGUGAACACUACUACCCUCUUAAAAAUUACAAUCAAUGAAAAAUGUACAGGCCUAGCUGCGUUAAAAAUAAUUCCCGGUUGACUCGGUAAGUCCAAGUCCAAAUAUAUGCUGGCUCCUGCAGUCAAUUGUUUACACAGUACGUUUUACACGUUCGUGUAUUUGCAGCGCGCUAAAUUUUGAUCAAAUGCGCUCCGCAUCCAAAAUGGCACCGUCGGCGGCAGAGUUCGCCAGUGCGUGGGGGCAGCCAACUUCUACACUGGAUUGGUGCGAAGAAAACUACUUGGCGAGUCCUUAUAUUGCAGAACUGUGGAACUCCUUGAGUAGUGUGGUUAUCAUUGGGAUUCCCAUCAUUUCCCUACUGUCCUUUUCACUCUGGAAUGUGGAAAAGAGAUUCUUUGUGGCAUGCUGGUGCUUCCUAGCCGUAGGCAUAAGCUCCUUGGCCUUCCAUAUGACUCUGCUGUAUGAAACACAGCUGAUGGACGAGUUGUCUAUGAUCUGGGGAGGGUGUGUGUUGGUGUAUUUAUUUUUCAGCCAUGACUCAAAGCCCAACAGCAACAGUCUUCCACUGGUGGCAUUUCUGCUGCUUUAUGCCCUGUGUGUCACACUUAUUUAUCUUCUAACAAAAGAGCCUGUUUUCCAUCAGGUUGCCUUUAGUCUACAAGUCAUUACUGUAAUGCUUAGAGGCAUCCAAAGGAAAUAUUCCUAUUCAGGGUCACUCAGGCUGCUGUUUUUUUCAUUGGUGCUAUAUUCCGUUGGAUUUGUGUUGUGGCUCACUGACACUGCAUUCUGCUUACACUUGAGGUCGAUCAGGGCUUUUCUACCCACCCCAGUCGGUGUGGUCCUACAGUUCCAUGCUUGGUGGCACACCCUAUCGUCCCUUGGGACCCACUGUCUGUUUGUUGCGUGCUGCCACUCUCGUUACAUGUUCCUGAAACGAAACCCCAGAAUCUGGAUGGUGGGAUGUCUUCCUCUCGUUGCACUGGAUGCAACAGAAAAUGGCCGCAUCCACUAAACCAAGUUGUCCAUGUACUCUCGAAAUCCAAUGGAUUUCCACUGCUGGCAUUUUCAACUUACCGGGUAUACCAGAAGGCCGUGGGUUAAUUCCCCCCUCCACCAAACUGGAGAUGGCAAAUGUGUAUAGCUUGUCCAAAGUACUUUUUACAGGCCUGGUUUUGUGUGUUGUUUGCCAUGUGGUAAAUGUGUGUGCCCUGAAAAUGGCCCAAGGUAUUUAAAGUUGGUACUUAUUAUGGGUAGAUAGAUAUGAGAGGGUAAGGCCAUGACUGAAAUGGGCUUCCCAAAGCUACGACCAGGUCUUUCGUCUGCACAUCUCCAAUGGGAGUGGAGACCUAGACUUAGCCCCUAGACAACAGCUUCGGAUGCAAGGUUGUAUGAUAGUGUAUAAAUCAGCAACUUGUUACAAAGACGAUGGUGUGUUCUCAUCAGAUGUUCAAGUAGUGUAUACAUUACAGAUUGGCACAAAGUAAUGCAUGUGAUUUCAGUGUUAUAAUGGUAUGCACUGUUUUGUUAGAUGGUUUACAUGUUUUUAUUCAGGUCUCAUUUUUGAGCAAGUCUUUAUCUUAAAUAAUUUUGCCUUUGGAAAUAGGUUACAAGUGAGGGUUGCUUUUGGCAGAGUUUGAGGCAGUUGUCACUGUUACCAGUUUUCUUCAGCAGUUUUAACAGACCAUUGAGAAGUGUAUUUUAACUCUAUUAAUAUAUUUGAAAUGUAUGCAUGUUGAAUGAAAUUAUUUCCCUUGAAAUUAAUUCAUGGGUGCAGUUGGUUUCAUUUUCCGUGCUUUGUUUUGGAUUAAACACAACCCCCUAGUUUUCAGCAUCAUGGUAAAACCUUUAAAAUUCCUCUCUGAGAUUUGAAUCUCGUACCUUAAAAUUAACUGAAGCCCCAAAAUUUUAAGCUUUUUGUUUUCCUACCAACUAUAUUUUCAUGGCAGAACCCUUAAACUCUUUUUGGGAAAGAAGUUUGUAAGAAAAUGUAAAGUUAGAAAUAAAAAUAGGGGAAAAUAUGUCUAUUUUAGCUUGAAUGCUGUAUUCCGUUCAGAAAAGUGAAUAUGAACGCAGUGGUAUCAUUUUGUGCACAAAAUUGCAUUUUAAUUUGUACUACUAAAUUGUUUUGUGGUCCUCCUAAGACAGAAUUUGCACAUAUGUAGUCUUUAGUAUGUGCAUCCGAGCAUUUCGUGCCAAGCAAUCUCGGCGCUGAUGUCUCGUAGGAUAUAUAAAAGUAGACCCACAUUUAUAUGUGGGGCUAAGAUAAACAAUUUUAUUAAGACAUACUUUUUGUGAGAAAGAGGUGCCAAAAAAGGAGUUGAUGGUUUUUAAUGGAAUUAUUUAAAAGGGAGGAAAAAGUCUUUCACUGAAAUUCAACAUUAUGAUAAGCACAUCAGUAGGCUAUAGCAGCAUUCUUUUGUGAUGUUUCUAACUGUAUUUUGACAAGUUGUGUGCCUUGGAAAGUACUUUUUUCUUUUCCGGGUAUUCACAACUGUUCUUGCGAAAUACCAAUGCAAACAUACUCAGGUCUACAAUGAUUUGUAUUCUAAAUUUUUACUUCGUAUUUUAAUAGUGGUUUGAAGGGGAACAGAAUCUAUUUAUCUACUUUUUUAUCAAAUGUGCCUUGCUUUGCUGUGAAGCAUAGGAAAGAGUUCUUUAAAUUAUAAAUUCCUGUACUUACAAUAUGGUGGGUGAUGGAUAAAUUUCUCAUUAUUAAAUCAUGCACAUUGAAUAAUAAAAUAACACAGUUUAUGAUGUCUCUGACCAGAGAUGAAAUUUUGUAUGUAUACAGGGUAAGUGUGAAUUGAUUUUUAGUGUUUAGUAUCAGACUUCUCUUAGAAUUAAGGAGAUUGCUGUGUAAAUGUUUGUGGUUGUAAAAAUACUGUGUUCAGGUAUACUUUAAACACACUUCACAAAUCAUGUUUGAACUUUAUGGAAUUGAAAAAGGGUGCAACUUUUUAUAGAACUAUGCAUAAGACGGAAAGUGCGUUUGCAUAUGCACAUAGUUAACCGAAACAUUUCUGUAUUUUUAUGAAUUCUGUAUUUGGAUUAUGGUGAACCCUUAGGGUCAGGGUAAUUUGGGGGCAUUUAUUUAUUCUUAGACAGAUUGAAUUGAAUUUUGUUUGUCAAUCAUAACAAAACCUGUGAAACAUUACGUAAUCUGACUGUAUCAAAUGAGGCAACAGUUUCACAUUUUAGUAAGGUUUAAAUUCCUUGACGUUGCGUCCAUUUUUUCUCUACAAUAAUCGAAAUAGGAGCAUAUGAAAUACAUUGAGACAUGAAAGCAUGAAAGUGUCAUGCGUAUUUUUAAAUUUUAUGUUCUUAACUUGCAGCCUAUCAGUUCCAGGUGUACUGAAAGUCAUCACCAUAUUUCAACCAAAUAUGCCACCGAAAUAGAUUGACCAUUGGACGAAAGUUCAGAGAUAAACAAUUUCUAAUUAUGAACUUAAAACUUCUUGUUUCACUUCAUUACUUUGUGCAGGUUUUGUCAUAGCCAGUUCAUCAAUUCACAUGAUCUUUGUGCAUGCUUAUGCUUAUAUGUGUUAACUUAUUGACACAAUAUUGAUUGCACAAUAAUCCUGGCCAUCUUUAGUAGAAUUUUUAAGUUUAUCUUCCAAUGCAAAAAAAGGGUUUUUUAUACCUUGAACCUUUUUUAGUGUAAGUUUAUGUUAGAAAUAGACAAAAGAUGUUCAAAGCAAUUUUAAAAAGUUACCGGUAAAAUAUUGUAUCUUAGCUGUGCUAAAAAUUCAUAUAAUUCAAUGUAAUCUGUGCUUGCUUUUGAUUUGUCAGUCAUGUAAUGCUUGCCCCACAGGUGCGUGAGUAGUGUAACAUGAAUGGUUUGGUAAAGCGCACCAUUACUAUCAGCUUGUUUUAGAGAUGAAUGAGCAUAUGGCUUCAUUCUUCGUAAAUAACGGUUAUUGGCAAUAAAUGGCAUCAUUUUA